UCAAGGACCCAGUAAAUGUGACAGUAAUAUAUAGGUAUGCAUGCUUAAUAAAACUGCUGAAUAUCAUUAUGAUGAGUAUUUGAUUUGACUACAACAAAAUUAAUUAGUAGACCUCCAACAGGAAUCUUUGUGUGAAAUAAACAUAUGUAAAUUCAGUUUAUUUCUUUGAAAUAAAUUAGUAUUUGACUAACAGAUUACAAGGUUUAAAUAUUUGUAAUAAUCGCUGUAUAUUUCAACAACAUUUUUGAGGAUACAUUACGAACAGCAAUUAGUUUUUAUAAGUGCAAUUAUUAUAGAAUUCAACUCAAUUUUAUUUGAGACGUACCUCAGUUUAAAAAAUCAAGUAAAGCGGACUGACUAACUGACGUCAUUUUGUAACGGUUUGGGACGGAUCUGAGAAGGAUGAUGGCAGGCAGGCUUGGCGGGCACAGCGGAUUGAGUUUCAACCUGAUAUGACGGUAAGUCAUUUUGAACAAAUUUAUAAUUCCUCAUAAGACUCCUUAGUUACAGAAGCCAGACAUGAGCACGAAAUAUCAGUUGGCAAACAUUACUAUCGCGACGAAACCAUUCGAGUUACAGCUAGCUUAGCUAGUUAAUUUGCCUUGUUAGCAUCUGAACAACACUAGUCGUUACACUAUUUGAAGUUAGUCAUAGGCUUCUGCGACACAUCGUGUAGCUCGAACAUUUAAUGUGUGUAACUGCAGUAUGUUUUUGCACAUUUUAGGGUGGAGGCAGGUUUAAGUUUAAGUAAACCUAAAACUUUUCGUUCUGCCAAGUUAGUCAUAGCCCCCCCUCCCUCCAUAUUCACUUUUGCACCGCGUUGUGUUGUUUAUGACCGGGUGUAUGCUGUGAUUGACCGCGUCUGGACGGGUUUUAAUUUGCAGGUACGUUGGGAAAUCUAUACCGCUUUAAAACCUAAUCAGGGUAUACACAGGACACAUGUAGUUUAAAGUCGUUGCAGUGGAUUCAGGCUGCCUGCCUUUUGGCGCUAAACGCCGACCGAGUCCUCUCCCAGGGACCUAACUACCGGACUCUAGUCCACCAACUUCUUUAUAUCUAUAGACUUAAUUAUUAAAGCCAAGUCUGGUUUGUGUUCAGCGAGAUAUAAACGCAUGCAAUUCAUAGUGACUUCUGUGUUGUUUUGGAAAGAAAUACCAUAACUUUGACGGUUUUAUCAUGCAUGCAUUCAAUAUAUUUUCAAAAUUUGCUUUUUAGCAUGGGAAACAACUGAUCAAGAAAAGUGGAGAGGAAGCUGUUUUUGAUGGUUGGGGUUUGUUUUGGAGCACUCUGGGAAGGUGACUCUGCUGCACAUACAGCAACUUAGUGAUACAUACCCCUUGGCAGCAUAUUGUGUGGGAGGAAAACGCAUGUCAGUUUAAAAAGACACAUUAUUGUCCAGUAUUAGGUGAAAAAGCUAAAAGCAUUAAUUGUACAGCAAUCCUACCCUGAUUUACAGUUGUGAAUUGUUUCCAUACAGAUGGACCCUGUUGUUGUGAAGGUGAUUAUAGAUCAUCAUAGUGAGAAGCUCACACUGUCAUCAGGGUUGCCAGACACAGUGGAGCAAUUGCAUAAGACUGUGAAGGACACUUUCCAGAUCCAUGAGGAAUUCACCCUACAUUACUUUGAUGAGGACUUUGGCGAUUUCUUCACAAUUCAUUCUACUAACGAAAUUAAACACAAGGGGACAAUCAAGGUGGUCAUUAUUCCAUCCAUAGUGCUCUCAUUAGCAACACCAGAGACUGAAAAUGUGGUAAAUGGAGACCAUGUGAGUGACACCUCCAGUUUGACUUCAAAAACACUGUCUUCACAGUCAUGCUCUAGUUCUGCGGACUACCAGUCAGAUGGCACAUCAUCAGGGUCUUCACAAGAUACUGUCUUAUUAAGCCCUGAAAGGGCAUUGUGGCCAAGCGAAAUUGAGAUUCCACGUUUUUCAGUUGCAACAGAGGCAGUACUGAGGAAUGCGAAUGAACAAUUUUUGAAAGAUGGCACUGUCCUCAACAGCCCCCACGUCAGGUCUGAAAUAAUGGAAAGGCUGGCAGAUUACAUGUACAGUUACACUGCCUAUCCCACAGGCCUUCAGGUUGGACAGGUUGCUGAAGCCUUAGUCCAAAAACACCCAUGUCUAACAGAUCUUGGAAGUCACAACGGAUGGAUUGGAUGGAUGUACAGCCUAAAAUACAAGAUGGGGAAUUUUAGGUCCAGGUUAAGAAAUCUUGGAUUUCCUGAAGUUACAUGCAAUUCUCUCAAAAACAAGCGUCCUGGUGAGAUGAAACCAGCCCAAAAUGUUAAAAAAGCACGCAAAGGGGAAGUGAUGUAUCUCCCACAUUAUCCUUCAGGAGAAAGCAGUGAACACCAAGAGCAACAGCGGCUCAAAAUUCUGUCUGAAUUAAAGAAGAGAGAGAGGGCGACCAUCAAUGAAUUGAUGUCCAAUACUUUUGCUCAUAGAAGACAGGAUGUUGUUCAUCUUCAACUGAGCAUCAAAGAGAUCAGGGAACGGUGGCCUGCCUUGUUUGAUGUGUCACAGGUCAAUGCCGAAUUCCAUCGAAUUACCACUGUAAAUCUUGAGGCCAAAUUCAUGUUCAUGUUAGACCACUACACUCCUAAACUGCUUGCCAUCUUCCAAGCCAAGAAAGGUGCUGCCGGAGAAAGACAUCGUACAGAAAUGAAUAUUUUACUCCAGAGUGGCAUUCCCAUAGAGAAAACCAGAGAAGUUGUCAUGCGAUGUCUCAUUGAUCACCUGGGUGAAGAUAUGGGUGCCUUAAUCAAGGAGUUUGGGAAUGUUGGUGAUUCAGCCAUCAAUGUGGAAGAAGAGCUGGCAGCAGAGACGAUGGCUCUGUACCUUGUGCGUAAUGAAGAUGGACAAGUCAGGGAUGUAGGGAUCGUCAUUGAGGGUUCCAUCGUACUCAAACACCUUGGGGAUCUCAGUAGAGCCUGCUGCUACUUGCUUGGACUAACUUAUGCCUUGGACCUCAAAUACCCCAAAACUCUAAAAUACAUUUUUGAAGUAUUUCAAAAGAUGCUCGUUGAAGUGGAUGCUGGAAACUUGUCAACAAAGGUGCAACGACUGAAAAACAGUCUAAUGAUAUAGUUGUCUGUGGGGUAGAUGAGCACAGAUGAGACUCAUAACCAGUUGAACCAUCCGUGUAAGGCAAAAAAACAGACUGUAUCCUCAGUAUCCUAAUGAGUGAGUUUCCUCUGGACAGAAACUUGGACAAUCUAUGGCUUCAUUUCAUCUGACCACAAGUAUCUGUAAUUGUGAGAAAUCCUGGUGUUUAAAAAAAAGCACAAGAGUUGACCAAUGUAUUAUCAUAUCUAAAUGUGAAGCCAAAUAUGCUGAUGCAAGAAGAUUUUUGCCCUUGUGUCACAGAUUGUGAUAGGCCCAGCUACUAGUUAUCAGUGUGUUUAGUGUCAAGAUUACCCCUUGCAUUAAUAUGCAUCUGUAACAUGUAUUUUUUUUUAUGGCCAUUUGGCAAGAAGCAUUUUAGUUCAGAGGUGUUUGACUUUGGGUAUCCUAAAUUGCCUUCCCUGUAACAGCUUCGAAUGUGCUGCUGUAGUUGUGUCCACAUAACUGUAAGACAGAUGGACAUGUCGAUGAGUUAAAUGUUAGUUGUUGAUGGUUCAGAUGAGAAAACAGUUGAAACCCUUUGUUGUUGUGAUAUAGCUCCAGUUGUUGUGGAGAAGUUGAUAAGCUAUGUAUUUUCUUUCUUGGCUUGGAAGUAUAAUUUUUUGAAAUGCAGUUUUAUGUAUUAAGUGUGUGCAUAUACUGUUAUCCUCUGUGGGAAGAAUGUUUUAAAAUAAAAAUUUUAUGUUUUGUGA